CGUGUCUAUUGCUUCAUAGUUGCUAUGUGGUUGCUUGAUAGACGCUUGACACUGGUUUCCAUGGUGAUAAACAAAAUUUGGAGUUGUUGACAACUGUCUUCGAUUGUCUCAUAAACUCAUAAUCUUGGAUGAUAAUUUAUUAUUUUCUUUCUUAUUAAUACCAUCUGUGAAGUAAUAUGAUGGACAAACUAUAACAGUGUUUACAAAAUGCCUUUCUCAGUUACAAGUGAGAAGCGAUUGAAUCGCCGAACUAUCUCAACAACACUACCAGCGAUAGAGAUAUUACAAAGAAAUAUAAGGCCUGCACCUACGUACCACACGAAAAAACCUCGGGAAGUGCCUUUUCAUGUACCCCAUAAGAAGCUACUGGAAAAAAUAGAAUAUGUCAAAAAAGAACCUGAACCUUUGACGGGUUUUGCAGCUGCUCAAGAGAAUCGUUUUAAAAAAGAGCGAAAGCCAGGUACUUUAGAGCCUCUAACAUUGGCUACAGAAGAAACAGAAGCCAGCAGUGUUGCUGUUGGUAGUGGUACUAAGAGGAAGAGGAAACUCAUUAUUCGGGAAUCAGCCACAAGUUUGGAGGACAAGGAGUACCAAACCACUGAUCCCCUGAAAGUAAAACCGCCUGUGGCAUCUCAAACAGAUGUGAUAAAUCACGUGAGAAACAACCCGUCAUGCGGUUUCCUGUAUAUGAUAUAUGCUGUGGACCCACAGAAUGUUUAUUUUACACCUUAUUACCUUCAAGUCGUGACUUAUGAGAAUAUUGACAAACGAAACUAUUUCACAAUAAGUCCGUGUGGGGUUACACACUAUUCCAACGAGAUGGUCUUCACGAAGCUUCCUGCUUGGGAACAAGAGUAUACCAUUUUUGUUAAGCUCACCGAUAUUAAGUUUUUUAAACUAUAUCGAUAUUGGAAAGCAUUUUAUGUUUGGAAGAAAUCUAUCAUGUUUAGAAAAUAUACCAAGAUUCGUAAUAAGUUGGCGAAGAAUCUUUUUAUCUUGACGCCAGUAUUGGGCAAGGCGCUGCUUAGCAUACAGGCGAUGUGCUGUGAGAUGUACAUGAAAACGUUCGCUGAUUUGUCCAGAGAUAUGGACACUGCAUUCUUCUACUUUAUUGAAGAUCAGAUGAAACGAAUAGAAUAUGUCAGAGACAAGUUAUAUGAAUACCGUACGGUGGUUCUGGAUGUGAUCACCCAAUCAUGUCACACAGCCCUGUACCAGCAAGGAUUUGUGUAUGAUGACAGAAAUAUCCCACCUUUUCAAGUCAUCAGAGGAAAGCCCACUGGGGGCAUGUCAUACACAGAGAAAGCGAAUAAGAGAAAAUACUGCGAAAGAUUAGCGUGUUUCAUAAAGCUGGCGGAUUAUAUGACAAAUUAUAUGCUGUACCGCCUAACAAAGCGAUCAAACUAUAUGAUGUCCAGUAUGCUUCGUACACAUGUUGAAUUUACUCCGCCUAAAGCACUUUUAGAGGGAGUUAAUGUGGAAGAGGUGCUGGAAGUAAUACCUCGUGUUACAGAAACUUGCAAAUGGGCUUUAUUCCAAGUAGAUGCUUAUAUUUUACCAUCUGGUGAAAUGGAAUUGAAUCCCAGCGAGAAAGUAAUAUCAACUUACAUCGAAAAAAUUACGGGCUAUUGGGAGGAGUACGUUCGCACAUUCCAUAACUUUUUAAACGAUGAAACACUGCAAAUAUUUGUUCAGCCAACAAUAAUGGGAAAACUUGUCGACUGGUCUGCUGGAGUGUCGCCGAAUCUAUACUUCCUGAUGAACCAAGACAAACCUAUGUUGGAUGAUAUAGCAUAUAUACCCCAUUCUAUCACAUAUGCAUAUGAGGUCGUAUGGACCUUCCUGGCACGUUACCAGGCAUACAGAGAUGAUUAUCGUGAAUCUUGCGCAAUGGACCUUGAUCUUAUCAAGGAGGAAAGAGAUGUAUUAAAGUUUAAAACAAUGUGUGAUAGAUUUGUUCAACAAAUGGAGUCUGUAGAAAAUGUCUUGUGCUACCAGCCAUUGGGUCUGCUGUUUUUGUGUCUGACUCCCUUCCAAGAACUAUUUAGGCCGCAACCGAGAAAACUUUUCGACGUUGUAGCUAAUGUCACGCCUGAGAUCGGUCACGCCUGCAUCGAAGAAAUAAUACAAGGUAUUGAAAAUAUUAAUGACGAUAUCAUUAAAGAACCUGAAACUGCAGCAGAACUGGUUGCAUUUAAUUUUUUGAUGGAUGGUCUGGAAGCUCGCGUAGCGUUCUUGGAGGAGAGACUAGAGUAUCUUCGAGAACUUUACGAUCUCAUGGGAGAAUUUAACAUUCCGAUAUCGCCAGAUGACAUGACUGAAUACUUAGGUUUGAGUGUGGCACUGGGGACACUUCGGACUAAUGUUGAUGCACGUCUUGAGACUCGAAGUAAGUUAGCAGGACUAUUCGCAAGUCGAAUUGGCAAGGAUAUCAUGGAGCUGAUGUUAGAUGUUAACAAACUGAGGGAGGAAGUUGCGCAAACAUGGUUGUACGAUGAAAAAUCAGAUAUAGAAAAAGUAUUGGAAGCCUUGCAAGAAUUACAAGAGAAGCUCAAUGCAUGCUCCGCACGAGAAAAACAAAUACGGGAAUGGCAGAAAAUAUUCAAGAUACCGCCAGCUCGACUGGAACAAUUAGAUGAAGCUAUAAACGAUGUUAAGCUCAGGCAGUUACUAUGGAAGUCAUCUAAAGAAUGGAAUGAUAUGUAUAAGAGUUGGUGUGAGGCUCCAUUCAAUACAUUAGACGUUGAUGAGAUUCAAACAACUACCAUCAACUUUGCCAAGAUAUUUAACCAACUGGAUAAAGGUGUUCCUCCAAACAAAAUCGUACCCAAGUGCAAGGCAACUAUAGACAUAAUUAAAGAAAAGCUACCUGUGAUGUCAUAUCUCCGAAACCCAGCAUUGAAACCACGACACUGGGUGAAAAUCGAAGAGAUUCUUCACACGCGAUUCACACCAGACACGGAGCUGACAUUGCAAGUAUUUGAAGAGUUACAUGCCUUCCAACAUGCUGAGGAGCUGAUGGAAGUGGCUGGGCAAGCCAGUUCUGAAGCUGGACUGGAAGCAUUGCUUAAGAAGGUGGAAGAAAUGUGGGCAUCUCUGGAGUUCCCAGUGGUAUUACACAAAGAUGCGAAAGAUGUAUAUGUACUGGGUGGUUUGGAGGAAAUCCAGACAUGUGUCGAUGAAAGUAACAUUCAUAUCAGCACUAUACUCAGCUCUCGCAACUGUGGACCAAUCAAAAGCAGGGUUGAAGAAUGGGAUAAAAACUUGGAACUAUUUUCUAAAACUCUGGAAGAAUGGUUCAGCUGUCAACAAACUUGGAUGUAUUUGGAAGUGAUAUUUAGUGCACCUGACAUUCAGAGGCAGUUGCCUAACGAAACAAGACUGUUCACUAUUGUUGACAAGUCCUGGAAGGACAUCAUGCGUAAAUUAGCCAAGGUACCUUUGGCGAUGCCAGCGGCGACUCAGCCUAAGCUUUACGAAGAAUUUGUGAGAAAUAAUGAAAUGCUUGAUCAAAUCAUGAAAUGUCUCGAAGCCUAUUUAGAAACUAAACGAGUCGCUUUUCCAAGAUUCUUCUUUUUGUCCAACGAUGAACUUUUGGAGAUUUUGGCCCAGACACGUAACCCGCACGCGGUACAACCACACUUGCGUAAAUGCUUCGACGCUAUCGCUAAGCUGGAGUUUGGCGUGAAGUUACCAGAAAGCGAGCUGGUCGUGACAGAGGAAGGUGGUCUCGUGGAGAGGGAGUUAUCAUUCCAGUCAAGGGAUAUGCUCCAAGCUAAACUAGCUAAGACUGCUAGACCAGAGGAUCUCACUACGGAUAUUAUUGCCAUGCUAUCGCCUGAAGGAGAAAGGGUAAAUCUGGGCAAGGGCCUCAAAGCGCGAGGUAACGUAGAAGAUUGGCUUGGAAAAGUUGAAGAAGCCAUGUUUGCUUCAGUUAAGAGAUGCAUGAAACAAGCGCUAAAAGAUUUUCAGGCACGACCGCGAGUGAAAUGGGUCCAACUACAUGCUAAUCAGAUAAUUUUAGCAGUAUCACAAGUAAUGUGGGCCAAAGGAGUGCACGAAAUAUUCGAUUUAGGAAUCCCACUUCGCGUUGAUACCGGUUUGAUAGACUAUGAAAAGAAGUGUGUAUCGGAUUUGAAUGACUUGGCAGCCCUUACUCGUGCUGAUAUCAAUCCUUUAUUCAGAAAGGUUCUAUGCGCUCUUAUCACUGUAGAUGUGCACGCAAGAGAUACUAUCACACACAUGGUGCAGAAGCAUGUUCAACGAGCGGGGGAUUUCGAAUGGUUGAAAAUGAUUCGUUAUUAUUGGGAAGAAGAGAUUGACAAUUGUGUUGCAAGAAUGUCAAGUGCAAUGUACGUUUAUGGACACGAAUAUUUGGGUGCUGCAGGUGUACUUGUAAUAACGCCACUAACCGAUCGCUGUUACUUAUGUCUCAUGGGAGCGUUGCAAUUGGAUUUGGGAGGAGCUCCGGCCGGACCAGCGGGCACGGGGAAGACUGAAACUACCAAAGACAUGGCCAAGGCUGUAGCUAUACAGUGCGUCGUGUUCAACUGUUCCGAAGGUUUGGACUACAAAAUGAUGGGGCGCUUCUUCUCGGGCCUCGCAACAUCCGGCGCCUGGUGUUGCUUCGAUGAGUUCAAUCGUAUUGACAUCGAAGUGUUGUCUGUAAUCGCUCAACAGUUGAUUACCAUUAGAAAUGCAAAAGUGGCUCGUUUGAGCAGGUUCAUGUUUGAGGGGCGUGAGAUUAAGCUAGUACGUAGUUGUGCAGCUUUCAUCACUAUGAACCCUGGUUACGCUGGUAGAACCGAACUGCCGGACAACUUGAAAGCACUGUUCCGGCCUAUUUCUAUGAUGGUGCCGGAUUACGCCUUGAUUGCUGAGGUGAUCUUGUACUCAGAGGGAUUCGAAUCCUCGAAAGGGUUAGCGAAAAAAAUGGUGCAAAUGUACAAGUUAUCUAGCGAACAGCUGUCCAAACAGGAUCACUACGACUUUGGUAUGAGAGCUGUGAAGAGUGUUUUGGUGAUGGCUGGUGCAUUAAAAAGGGCCAGUCCUGACCAGCAUGAGGAGAUGACCCUACUAUGCGCACUGAACGACAGCAAUUUGCCAAAAUUCCUGGCUGCCGAUGCAAUCCUGUUCGCUGGUAUAUUGUCAGAUCUAUUUCCUGGCGUCAGUUUGCCUGUCAGAGACUACGGCGUCAUGGAUCAAGCUAUCAGAGAAGUGUUACUGGAGAAUAAAUAUCAAAUCGAAGAAUGUCAGAUACGUAAAGUGAUUCAGUUGCAUGAGACCAUGAUUGUACGAUGGGGCGUCAUGUUAGUCGGUCCAACUGGUGGAGGAAAAACCGUUGUCUUGACUGUUUUAGGAGAAACUUACGCUAAACUUUGUAUAAUGGGCGUUGAGGGUCCACAAAAUCAAUUAGUGCAGAAGUACAUUAUAAAUCCGAAGAGUCUUACCAUUGGAGAGUUGUAUGGUGAAGUUAAUCUACAAACGCUUGAGUGGCACGACGGGAUCCUUCCUUUAAGUUUGCGUACGGCUGUUCAAUGUGAUAAACCGCAUCAUCAAUGGUUGAUCUGCGACGGUCCGGUCGACGCAGUGUGGAUUGAGAAUAUGAACACCGUACUGGACGACAAUAAGAUGUUGUGUCUCUCCAACUCUGAGAGAAUCAAGCUGUCACCUUAUGUGCACAUGUUAUUUGAGGUUGCUGAUCUUGCUCAAGCUUCCCCAGCGACGGUGUCUCGUUGUGGCAUGGUGUACAUUGAUCCGAAUGAGAUGGGCUACAUGCCGAUGGUGCGCUCCUGGAUUGAUGAAGCGGUAGAGAGAAACCUCUUCUCUCAAGAAAACUCUGAAUUUGUUCAUGAAUUGUUCACUAUGCUAGAUGUUGGUGUCCAACAUGUGAAUACCAAGUGCCGUUUUGGCAUUAAACAGGUGGAUAUUAGCAAAGCGUCAGCCAUUUGCUAUCUCCUGGGAUCAUUGCUUUCUGAACCUGGUGACCGGUUCCCGGAUAAAGCUGCCAUCAAAGUGUAUAUAGCUCACUGUUUCAUAUUCUGCUAUGUUUGGUGCAUAGGCGGAAAUAUUCUAGAAGAAAACAGAAAGCUUUUGGAAGAACUCGUUAAGAGACAGUUUGAACAAUACGAGGAGGCUGAAUUCGCGCCGAUGGGCUUUAAUUUAUUCGACAUGUACAUGGACACUCGCAUGCGCAGAUUAAAAGUAUGGGCCGAAAUAAUUCCGGAGUUUUUAUACGAUUCUGGAAAGCCAUUCUUCGAGACCCUAGUACCCACUAUAGACACUGUUCGAUACGGGUACUUAUUCGAAAAACUUGUCAGCUGCGGGAAACCUGUCAUGUUCACAGGAAACACAGGUGUGGGUAAAACUGUAAUCGCAUUAGAGACACUGAAUAAAAUGUCGUUGGGCGGCUAUUAUAUACCUUUCAUAUUGAAUUUUUCCGCACAAACUAGCAGUGGGAGGACACAGGUGGUGAUUGAGUCUCGUUUGGACAAGAGACCUCGAAAGGCUUUGGGAGCUCCAUUAGGCAAGAAAAUAAUAAUAUUUAUUGAUGACGUAAAUAUGCCCCGACUGGACGUCUAUGGAGCACAGCCGACUAUAGAACUCUUAAGACAGUUUUUGGAUUUCGGGGGAUUAUACGACCGUGAUAAAUUAUUCUGGAAAGAUAUCCUCGACGUUGUACUGUCUUGCGCCUGCGCACCUCCUGGUGGUGGUCGAAACCCGCUUACUGGACGCUUCGUCAGGCAUUUUGCUAUGUUCUUCAUUUCUGCACCAAACUCCGAGGCGAUGAAAACUAUAUUUAAGGCAAUCCUCAGAGGUCACUUAGAGGACUUUGUCACGGAAGUCUCAAUCCUUGGAGGACCUAUAGUAGAUGCAGCUGUAGAUUUGUACUUGAAGAUUUGCAGCGAAUUACUCCCGACACCAGCUAAAUCGCACUACGUGUUCAAUUUGAGAGACUUAUCUAAAUGCAUGCAAGGAGUCUUGCAAGCUGACGCUGCAUACAUGCGAGCACCGCAAGGAAUGCUCAGGUUAUUCUAUCAUGAGUGCCUUCGAGUUUUCCACGAUCGGCUAAUAAAUAUCGAAGACAAAAGCUAUUUCUUUCACCUCAUGUGCAAUAUUUGCGAUAGAUACUUUCAAAGUAGAAUAUUGGACAUUCCCGAGGAUCCUAUCAUUCAUUCACCGCCCCUUCUAUUGUUUGGCGAUUUCAUCAACUCUGCUGUACCUAAAGAAAACAGAAACUAUGCUGAGAUAUCAGAUUUUAAAAAGCUUAUGGUGGUGGUGAAGGAAUAUCUAGACGAAUAUAACUCAACGGCUCGAGCAGAGAUGCAUCUGGUUUUAUUCAAAGACGCUAUAGAGCAUGUAGUGCGAACAGCUCGGGUGCUGAGAGCUGAGCGUGGACACUGCCUUAUGGUCGGGCCAGGCGGGUCAGGCCGGAGGAGCGUGUCCACCCUAGCAGGACACAUCAACGAAUGCAAGUGUAUGGGAAUGGAAAUUAAGAGGAAUUACGACACACCUGAGUUCCACGACGAUCUCCGGAAUAUGUAUAUGCGAGCUGGUGCCAAUUAUGAAGACACCGUGUUCCUUUUCACAGACACACAGAUCACAAAAGAAGAAUUCCUUGAAGAUAUCAAUAAUAUGCUCAAUUCUGGUGAGGUACCGAACUUGUUUGAAGGAGAUACGUACGAGGCUGUUCAGAGUGGGUGUCGCAAUGAGGCCGCUAAGUUUGGCAUCAAUCCUUCUGACCGUGAUGGAGUCUACUACUUCUUUAUCAACAGGGUCCGAGGGAAGCUACACCUUUGUAUUUGUAUGAGUCCCGUUGGAGAAGCGUUCAGGCGUCGCUGUCGGAUGUUCCCUUCUCUAGUGAACUGCUGCACCAUUGACUGGUUCACUAAAUGGCCACCAGAGGCACUGCUGUCAGUUGCCAAACAAUGCUUACAGCCGCUCGGAAAUCAAGAACUCGUUGAUCUAAUUUCUACGAUGUGUGUCACAAUGCAUCAGGACGUGGAUGUAAUGACAGAUAGAUUGUACCAGGAGAUGAGACGGUACUUCUACACUACACCUAGUAGUUACUUGGACUUGCUGAAGUUGUACCUGAUGCUGCUGGACAAGAAGCAGCAACAAAUUAUACGCGGGAGAGACAGAAUAUCCUGCGGUCUGCAGAAAUUAUACGAAACGUACGAGGUAGUAGGAGUGAUGGAGCAACAAGUGCGUGAAAUGGAACCAAUCCUCGCGAAGAAAGCGGAGGAAGGUCAUGCACUGGUCGCCAAGCUGAAGGUGGAACAGAAAGCCGCUGACCAAGUGAAAUACGCUGUUAUGAAGGAUGAGGCGGCUGCAAAGAUAAAAGCUGAGGAAGUGAAACAAAUAGCGGACGAAGCGAAAGCUGACUUGGCUCUCGCUAUGCCGGCUAUGGACGCUGCACAGGCUGCACUGAAGGCACUCAACAAAGCUGACAUCAAUGAACUCAAAGCCUUCCAGAAACCGCCAGUCCUCGUACGAUUUGUCAUGGAACCCAUCUGCAUACUUUUUGGAGCAAAGCCUGACUGGGAUUCCACGAAGAAGCUAUUGGCAGACGUCAAUUUCAUCGGCAAACUUGAAGAUUAUGACAAAGAUCAUAUUCCAGAAGCUACUCUUAAGAAGCUGAAGGUGUAUCUCACUCAUAAAGAUUUCAAUCCAGACACUGUCGUUAAAGUAUCUAAGGUAUGCCGAUCCAUGGUGUUAUGGGUGCAAGCUAUCGACAUGUACGCCAAAGUAUUCAGAGUCGUGGAACCAAAGAUAAUCAAGCAUAAAGAAGCGGCUAGUAUCCUGAAGAAUGUAAUGGCUGUACUCAGGGCCAAACAGAAAGAAGUAGAAGCUAUUGAAGCUCAACUUGCUAAAAUGAUGAACGAACUGAAGGUUGUUGAAGACGAACGCACGAGAUUACAAGCUGACGUAGACUUGGCGGCCGCGCGCUUAUCCCGUGCCGGAAGGCUAACUCAAGCGUUGGCGGACGAACAAACUCGCUGGGAAGACAGUGUUAAGGCGGCGUCGAAAGCAUUGCAUUGUACUACCGGCGACAUUAUUAUAGCAUCUGGUUGUAUCGCCUAUUUCGGCGCCUUUCCAACAAACUACAGGCGGGAAUUAGUAGUCAAAUGGAUAGAUCAGUGCAAGGAAUUGAAAAUACCGGCUUCCGAGACUUUCGAUCUGAUCACCGUAAUGGCUGACUCAUACACAGUAAGGACAUGGAAUUCGCAAGGAUUGCCGCGUGAUGCAAUAUCUACAGAGAAUGGCAUUUUGGUGACAAGAGCCGGGCGAUGGCCUCUCACAAUCGAUCCACAGGAACAGGCUAAUAGGUGGAUACGAAACAUGGAGAAAGAAAAUGGACUAAUGAUAACAAAACUAAUAGACGCGGGAUACCUUCGAGUCCUCGAGAAUUGCAUUCGGCUAGGUUGGCCAAUGCUUAUUGAGGACCUCGGGGAGUCGCUUGAUGCUACCUUAGCUCCUGUGCUUCUGAAGCAAACUUUUCUUCAGGCUGGCAGACUACUCAUUCAUUUGGGAGACAGUGAUAUAGAAUAUGAUACGAAUUUCCGUCUGUACCUCACGACGAAGCUAGCUAACCCACACUACUUGCCGGAAAUCUGCAUUCAAGUGACCCUCGUCAACUUUACAGUCACGUUGUCCGGUCUCGAAGACCAAUUACUGGCUGAUGUAGUGAGACUAGAGCGUCCAGACCUUGAAAUAUUGCGGUCAGAGCUGAUUGUUCGUAUCAAUACGGACAAAGCAUCGCUACUUGAGAUCGAAGACAAAAUCCUGAGAUUACUUUACGCUUCUACUGGGAACAUUUUGGAUGACGAGGAACUGAUUGAAACACUCAACGAGAGUAAAGAAACUGCUGAAAUAAUUAAUGCUCGUCUUGAAGAAACUGAAGCUACGGAGAUAAACAUAUCGGCGGCGCGCGAAAAGUAUAGAACCGUGGCGACUCGAGGAGCUGUAUUAUAUUUCGCUGUAGCACAAUUAGCAGAUAUCGAUCCUAUGUACCAAUUCUCACUGAAGUAUUUUAACCAGGUAUUUAAUCAAGUUAUAGAAAAAGCCGAAAAAUGUGACAUUCUUGAAACCAGGCUGGAAAUUCUCCGCAACGAGAUAACAUUGUCUGUGUAUCGCAACGUCUCCAGAGGUCUUUUUGAACGACACAAAUUAGUUUUCAGUUUCCUCCUAAACAUGGCUGUGUAUUUAAAUACAGAGAUUAUCACAGCAGAACAGUGGAACUUUAUCUUACGUGGCGCAGCUGGUACAGUUGUGGUACCACCCAAAAAGCCAUCAAUCGAAGCAAUGACUGAACUCAUGUGGUUAGCCAUCAACCAUUUAAAUGAAACUGAUCCUCGAUUUGCAGGAAUAGUUGAUGAUUGUUUUAAAAGAAUUUAUAUUACGAUCGGAAAUUUCUCUGCGGACAUCCACAUUGACAAAACGAACUUUGUGGCACCGAUGGUAAACUGGGACGCUAAACUGACAUCAUUUGAAAAACUUAUGUUAUUAAAGUGCCUUAAAGAAGAGAAACUAGUUUUUGCGAUUGCAGAAUAUGUGGCUUCUAACCUGGGAGAAGUAUUUAUAGAAAGUCCCACUGUUCAACUAAAUACCCUAUAUGCUGAUACUGCUGCGACUAUCCCUCUAGUGUUUGUAUUAAGCACAGGCUCUGAUCCUUUCGGAGCUUUUCAACGGUUUGCCACGGAAAUGGGGAUGCGUGAUCGUGUACAUUCAAUCUCACUCGGUCAAGGGCAAGGACCAGUAGCCGAGAAGAUGAUAAGUGGUGCGAAACCCAAAGGAGAUUGGAUUUUCCUACAAAAUUGUCACCUAGCAGCUUCAUGGAUGCUUAGCCUGGAAGUAAUAGUAGCUAACUUGAGUAGUGAAUCCGAUCAUCCUGAUUUUCGACUCUUCUUGAGCUCUAUGCCCACACCCAAAUUUCCUGUGUCUGUCCUGCAAAAUUCUGUUAAGGUCACAAAUGAACCACCUAAGGGCUUAAAAGCAAAUGUGAAAAGAGCUCUUAUUGAAAUGGAAGAAGAUUUCUUUGAACAACACGUUUUGGGCCAAGACUGGCGCUCGAUGCUAUUUGGUGUUUGUAUGUUCCACGCAAUCAUUCAAGAACGCAAGAAGUUCGGCCCGCUAGGGUGGAAUAUUACUUACGAAUUUAAUAAUAGCGAUCGCGAGUGCGCCUUGAUGAACUUGCAAAUGUUUUGUGAGGAUGGAACCAUACCUUGGGAUGCUUUGGAAUAUAUAACAAGUCUUAUAACAUAUGGAGGUCGAGUAACAGACAUGUGGGAUCAACGCUGUUUAACCACAAUUUUAAAAAUAUUCUUCUCACCGCAAACUCUUGAAGAGGGAUAUGUGUACUCCGAAUCGGGCAAAUAUUAUUGUCCAAGAUCGCCAAAACUAGAAACGUACAGGGAUUACAUAGAGUCAUUACCGAACAUUGAGAAUCCGGAAGUAUUCGGUAUGCAUGAAAACGCGAAUAUAGCAUUUGAGAACAAGGAAUCUCAUACUUUAAUACAAACAAUAGUAGAUGUACAGCCUCGUGCCGCCGGUACUGGUGGCGGGGACACACCUGAUCAAAUUGUCUGGCGAAUUAGUGAUCAAACGCGAUCCAGAAUAUCUAAAUCUAUAGACAAAUCCCUCAUCAACCCAGACCUCAUGAUACCUGAUGAUAUGGGGCAACUACAUUCUCUCACGACUGUGCUGAUACAUGAAACAGACAGGUUCAAUACGUUGCUUACUUUAAUACAUCGUUCACUAAAUGAACUUCAGAAAGCAAUCAAAGGUAUAGUGGUAAUGUCAGAAGAGUUUGAAGAAGUUUUCACUUCUUUUAUAAAUAAUAAAGUCCCCAAUAUGUGGCAUAAAAAAGGUUAUAAUUCCUUAAAAACUCUUGGCAGUUGGAUACACGAUCUCAUUUUAAGAGUUGACUUCAUACAGAAAUGGUUAAUAGAUGGCGCACAGCCGAGCAGUUGGGUGUCAGGGCUUUUCUUCCCACAAGGCUUGCUUACAGGAUCACUACAGUCUUACGCCAGGCGCUUCCGUGUGCCCAUUGACGCGCUCAUGUUUGACUUCUUUCCAUUGCCGAUUUACUUGUCACAAGACGAUAUUUACAAACAAAAUAAUAGGAAAAAGGGCGAGGAGGGUCCCAAUGCUUACGAGCAUUUGAAGGUGCCUGAGGAUGGUGUCAACAUACAUGGUUUGUUUAUUGACGCUGGUCGCUGGGACGUGGGGUUAGGUCGUUUGGUUGAUGCUUUUCCUGGUCAAAUGAACCCUCCGAUGCCAGUGGUGUGGUUCAAGCCAGUGCUUACACUUCCGAAACCUGACCCUCGAUAUGAAGCACCUCUGUACAAAACGUCAGAGCGAGCAGGUGUUUUGUCCACAACGGGACACAGUACUAACUUCGUUCUACCUGUACUGUUGCCUUCAAAUCACCCACAAAGCUACUGGAUUAUACGUGGCACAGCUCUACUUACGCAAAUCACUGACUGAAUUUCUUACACAAUCUUAUCAAGCUGCUUUCACAAUCAGAUGAAGAUCAGGGAGUAUGUAUUUUCAUUACAUGAGUGGCCUUGCCUAAUUUAUGUAGAUGUAAAGUCACUAGUAUUUGUUUACAUAAUAUCUAAGUACCUACCUAUGAUAUGAUAUAUCCCUAUUUGUAGGUAGGUAAUUGAGCUGACAAAAUAAAAAGCAGUCAAUUAUAUCGUGACCGCGAGGAUUGCUGUAAUUAAUUUCUAUUCCCAAUAUUCAUUAAAAUACUUAUUGAAAAAAAUUUAUCGUAGUUUUGUUUCCUGAAAUAAUAAUCAACUUAGUAUAUUGAGAAAAUAGGACGAGUUUUCUUAUUAGAUAUAUUAUUAAAUUAAAUACACAAAACGACCUACAAAAUCAAGUGAAGUGAAUGGACUGCGUAGAUCUCUAAUCUUGGUACUGCAAUAGUACUAGGAUUAGGAGCUAACUAAACAACACAUCCGAAUUGAUAUGUUACCCAAC